GAAAUACUGCUUAUUCUCUCUGUCUCCCCACAGGCCACGGCAAGUUUCUCUGUGCAGAUCUUGCUUGAGGCAUUAGCAGAACGCCGUCUGCAGCUCAGUCCGCCGUCGGGAAAAUGAGGUCUCGCCGCUUGGAUUCUACUGGAUCCGUCGCCGACCUCACCGGCUUCGGCGUCUUGCUUCUGUUUCUACUUUCGAGCUUCAGUUUCACUUUUACAGAGGCGUAUGAUGCACUUGAUCCCAACGGGAACAUUACAAUCAAAUGGGAUGUAAUGAGCUGGACCCCGGAUGGCUAUGUGGCCGUUGUUACAAUGUACAACUUCCAGCAGUACCGUCAUAUUCAAGCUCCAGGCUGGACAUUGGGGUGGACAUGGGCAAAGAAGGAAGUAAUUUGGAGCAUGAUGGGAGGCCAAACAACAGAUCAGGGAGACUGUUCAAAAUUCAAAGGAAAUGUUCCACAUUGCUGCAGGAAGGAUCCAACCGUUGUGGAUUUAUUGCCAGGAACUCCUUACAAUCAGCAGAUUGCAAAUUGUUGCAAAGGUGGAGUGAUGAACUCAUGGGCCCAAGACCCCGCCAAUGCUGCAAGUUCGUUCCAAGUCAGUGUCGGUUCCGCAGGAACAAGUAACAAAACUGUCAGACUCCCCAAAAACUUCACCCUUAAAGCACCAGGACCUGGUUACACUUGUGGGCCAGCAAAGAUUGUGAGGCCAACCAAGUUUAUAUCUGGAGAUAAAAGAAGAAUAACUCAAGCUUUGAUGACUUGGAAUAUUACAUGCACGUAUUCUCAAUUCCUUGCUCAGAAGACACCCACCUGUUGUGUUUCCCUCUCUUCCUUCUACAAUGAUACCAUAGUCAACUGCCCCACCUGCACUUGUGGAUGUCAAAACAACUCCUCCAGUCCUGGUAGCUGUGUGGAUCCAGAUUCUCCAUAUUUAGCUUCAGUAGUAUCCACUCCUGAUAAAUCCGGUAAUGCACCCUUGGUUCAGUGUACCAGUCACAUGUGCCCCAUUCGAGUCCAUUGGCAUGUGAAGCUAAAUUACAAGGACUAUUGGAGGGUGAAGAUUACAAUCACCAAUUUCAAUUAUAGAAUGAACUAUUCACUCUGGAAUCUCGUGGUGCAGCAUCCCAAUUUUGACAAUAUAACUAAAUUAUUCAGCUUUAACUAUAAGUCGUUGAGCCCAUAUGGUGACCUGAAUGAUACUGCAAUGUUAUGGGGAGUUAAGUUCUACAAUGAUUUUCUCAAUCAAGCUGGCCCUCUUGGUAAUGUGCAGUCAGAGCUCCUAUUCCAGAAAGACCAGAACACUUUCACUUUCGACAAGGGUUGGGCUUUCCCAAGGAGAGUCUAUUUCAAUGGUGAUAACUGUGUGAUGCCACCUCCAGAUGCCUAUCCUUAUUUGCCAAAUGCCAGUUCCAGACCAGCUAUAUCUCUGCUAAUUCAUCCGAUUGUGACCAUCUUACUAUCUUUGGUACUACUGUUGAAUUUUGCACUAUAAGUUAUGCCCACGGAAAACGACAAACACUAUUGGUUGCUGUAACAUUCUAGAUUUCCAGCGAGCUUGUGGCAUUGGGUCAAUGGUGUCAAAUUUACUGGUGCUUAAAUCAAAGACAAUACGAGCAAGUUUCCAUUGGUGGAUGGGUUAUUUGACUCAACUUUCAUUCUUGUUUAGCUUUGGAGCGAAUUGUGUUGUACAAAUAGUUAUUAUAUACGUUCAAUCAUUUUAUUUGUAUAAUGAUUAAAAAAUAUUUAUCGUUCUCAGUGUAAUAACUUAUGAGACAGUUCAAAUUUUC